UUUUUAAAAUUGCGCUCUUGCAAACAAUAAAACUGGAUUAUAUGUGCAUUUAAAGUAAUUUAUAUGUGUUUUAUGCUAUAUUUACACACAUAGAUAGUCAAAAUCAUGUUUUGCUUUAAAUCUAAUCAUGUCAACAAAGUUGUGAAGGGUUUGAGGAUAUGAAAUAUUAACCAACUCAAUAUGAAAGCUGCUGCGUCUUCUUAUAAUAUAGCUUCUUGUGUAUGUGUGUGUGUGUUGAACUUUCAAGGCUUUCAAUCCAACAUCUGUGUAUAAGCUCCUCCCCCAAAAAGGCAAAUAAUUAGGAAAAAAUGUGUCUCAAAGUGAACUACAUGAGUUAUCAAAACCAAAUUAACAGCAACCUUCUCUUGGGUGAGACUGCAAUAAUCCCCAUCACCUUACCUAACAUUCACUUUUACGCAUUAAGUUUUUUUUACAUCAGGAUUGCAGGAAAAAUGUCUGUGGGCUCAGGCAAUGGGAAAUUACGGCAGUGGCUGAUCGAGCAGGUGGAUACUGGGAAAUAUCCCGGGUUGGUGUGGGAAGAUAGAGAACGACCUUUCCGAAUCCCAUGGAAACAUGCAGGAAAACAAGACUAUAACAGAGACCAGGACGCUGCACUUUUCAAGGCCUGGGCUCUGUUUAAAGGAAAGUAUCGUGAGGGUAUCGAUAAACCCGACCCACCAACCUGGAAGACUCGUCUCAGGUGCGCCCUGAACAAAAGCUGUGACUUCGAAGAGGUCGUGGGUCAGAGUCAGCUGGACAUAUCCGAACCAUUUAAAGUCUACCGGGUUAUUCCAGAAGGAACCAAAAGAGGACCAAAAUCGUAUGGGAACGUUUCUGCACCCUCAGGUCAUCUUAACUACUCAUCAUACCCCUCAUAUGAACCUGUGCAGGGUCAGGUUUGUAACUUCAUGUCGGUCACCGAUCGGACCUGGAGAGACUUCAUGUCUGAACCGAAUUCACUUUCAGAGUAUCACGGUUCAUUCAGUCAAAGCUCACGCUGGGAUGCUGGGUAUCAAAUCAAUGGAUCGUUCUACAGCAAUGGUUCAUUUGAUUCACCACCUAUGUUCACCGUGGACACCAGCAUGAGAUCAAUGGAGACCAUGACGAUGUCAGAUCCUCGUCUGCAGGUGAGCGUGUUCAGCGGUGAUGCUCUUGUCGCUGAUGUGACGGUCACGAGCGUCGACGGCUGUCUGCUGGUUCCUUACGAUGACAGCUGGACCUACAUCAGUCCGAGCGGUCCGGAGCCCGUUCCUCUUCCACAGUCUGAGAAAGGAGAGCUGGAAGGUGGCGUUUUGCUCUGGAUGUCACCCGACGGCCUGUACGCCCGACGCUUCUGUGAGAGCAGAAUCUACUGCAACGGCACUCACACAAACUUCACCACUAAACUCUACAAACUGGAGAGAGAUCAAACCAGUAAACUACUGGACACGCAGCUGUUCCUAACAGAGCUUCAGGGUUGUUUCUUGCAAGCUCGUCCACCUCCACGGUUUCACGUGCAGCUGUAUUUUGAGUCCUGUGACCCCACUGCAGACAGGAGACCCCUGACAGUACAGGUAGAGCCACUGUUUGCUCGUCAGUUGCUGUUGCUCAGCCAGCAGGGGUCGGUAAAUUACAUCAGGAACGCCAAUGACCUUUCACCUGUGACCCCAGAUCAGAUUUUCCCAAGCAGACAAGAUUAUUCUGCAGCCAUCGGACCGCAGACCCACGACAGCUUCUUACAGGAGUGAUGUUGGAUGAGAUUUUGUGAACAGAUUAAUGUAAAUGUAUCUAAUAGCCAAUGAAAAACAAUGCAGUAUUAAGGAUGUUUGGACUUGAA